AGCAUCAGCAUAGCAAUAUUCAGCAUAUACUAGUAAGUCGUUCUCUUUGUCUUUCAUUCUCUUAAGAAUAGAAUGAAGUUUUUUAUAAGCAACAUAUCGACCACGGCGGCUGCAUACCAAACUACUUUGCUGCUGUUGUAGACUCAGUACUUAAUUUUCCUCGCCGACGCAGACACAAAAAAAUGGAGGACUACGAAAAGGAAGCGGAGGCCUCCUCCUCCUCUGGGGGUCCGGCCGUCCUUCCAAAUCCAUCAUGGUGCGAUAUUUGCCAGAAAGAUUUGCAGAGCAAGGUAUCCUAUGACGAACAUCUGCACGGUAAAAAGCAUUUGAAGCUUACAGCACGAGCUGGUAUGCAAACAGUCGCAUCUCCGAAACCAGGAGAUGAUGACCGCAGCCGAAGAAUAGCUGAUGUGUCUGAGAUCCUAACCGACGCAACCUUUCGCCACGAGCUAGUAAGCGGACGUUACAAGAGAAUCAUCGUUUUGACGGGUGCUGGCAUUUCGACCGCAGCUGGUGUCCCUGACUUUCGGACUCCUAAGUUUGGGCUUUUCGACAAAGUAAGAGCCAACAUCUUCGCGCAACGUCACCCAGAGUUGAUUCGCGAUCCUGAGAAAUUUUUCUCUAGAAGAUUCGUUCAUGGCCUGAGUGUGGAGGAAAGGAAGGAGUGGGAUGAAUUUGUGAGUGGGAGCUUGGAAAUCAUAGAUCCUGGGGUGGAAGACAGCCGUUACGACAGCAGUUCAACAUCCGUAGAUGCAGCAGCAGAUCAAGGUUGCGACAAUUUCUUUGGAAGAGGAAAGGACAUGAUUGCUGAACAGAAUCUUCCAACUGACAAGAAUCGCGGUCCCCAACCCACCCUCGCGCACGUCUUCAUCACUUGGCUCGACCGCAAAGGCUGGCUACGCAGAGUUUAUACUCAAAACAUCGAUGGCUUGCACUCUUUGGCUCAGUCCGGUGAGCAUAAAAUCCAAGCUGAUCGCAUAGUUGAAGUUCACGGUUGCUUAGCCGAGCCACGGACGUUGGUCCUGUAUGGUGACGAAGUAAAUCCGAUGUUGGACUUGUACUUGAAAACCGACUUUCCGAAGGUGGUAGGCGGUGGGAAUCUGCAGACGCACAUGAAAGCGUCGGAGCAGGGUGAUGGUGGUGGAGGCGACGAGGAUGUUCACGAAGAUGAGGAGGAAACGAAGGAUCAUUCUCCAGUUCAGAGUCCUGGUUGUUCCGGCUCCAUAGGGCAGACAAGCCCUUCUGCAGGAUCGCGCGCUAACUUGAACUUAACUAUUCUCCCUCCCGACCUCAUCCUCGUCAUGGGAACGUCUCUCCAAGUGGCUCCGUUCUGCGCUAUCCCGAAUUUGGCUCCGCCAAAGCAUUGCGCCCGCGUUUUAGUCAAUGUUCCGAUAUCGACUUGCCUCUCCAACGGUUGGGAUCCCCCGAAAGGAAGCCUGGCAGGCCGUAUUGAGAUGUACGGCAGUGGAGCGGCCUUUAGCAUCUCAUCUACAACGGCUUUAGCAGGACGAAAAGUAAGUUUGAGACCAAGAUGGAGGGAGAAUUUGUCACAAAAAAGAUGGCCGCAGCUGCUGUUGGAAGAGAAGUGCGAUGACUUCGUUAGAAAAUGCUUUGAAACUACAGUUGUGCAAGAAUGAGAACAACUGAGAAAAGGAAACUGAAAGGAGGUGUGAUCUAGAUCUUAGAAAGCCAUCAUAAACAUUCACAUUUAUCUUCACAAGUCAGUAGUUCGGCAAUAUACGUGCAUCUUUAUACGAACUUUAACGAAGUGAAACAUUUUGACUUUUUGGUUUUCCAUUGUAUCAAGGAAUCAGUUACUGAGUGACAGAGAGAGGAUCUCAUACACUAAGAAGACUGACAUGAUGAACACCGCAAGAACUACAUGCUGGUACCUUCUGUGCUCAAUCUCAACGUGUCCCCCGCUCAUGGUCAGUUGGCUGCUCUUCUUG